AGUCACAGCGCAGGCAGCAGCAGCGACAGCAGCAGCAACAAACUCUCUCCCGUCUUUCUCCCCCCCUCUUCUUUCUGGAGUUGUAUCCCGCACCGAGGACAAAAGCCGGGGAAGUAGAAGGGAAGUGAUCCAGGGCUGAAAGCUGCCAUCAAGAAGAAACAAAAACGCAGACCUGGCUGCCCACAUGCCUAUCGAAUUUGUUUGCAAAAUCAAAUUUGCAGAGGAGGAUGAGAAGCAGAAAAGCAAGCAAGAUGGGGAUAAGGAGAGCCUGAUCGAGGAGAGCUGUGCGCCGCCGGCCAAAGACUUGGCAGGGUUUGCUAACUCCUGCUCCCUCCAUGGGAUCAACCACAUCUUCGUCUCUGGCCGCCUGGGGAUCCGGCAGACGCUUUGGGCUCUUGCCUUCUUGACUUCUCUGGCGCUCUUUCUGUACCAAGCGGCCAAGUGUGCUAUCUCCUACCUGGAGCACCCUCAUGUGACGGCUCUGAACGAAGAGGCAACCCCGGAGAUGGUCUUCCCUGCUGUGACCAUCUGCAACAUCAACCGGUUUCGCUUCUCAGCCCUCACCGACGCAGACAUCUAUCACCUGGCAAACUUGACGGGUCUGCCCCCCAAGAACAGGGAUGGGCACAAACCCACUGAUUUGAUGUAUCCUGCACCUGACAUGCAGGACAUCUUCAACAGGACGGGGCAUCAGCUGGAGGAGAUGCUGAUGAGCUGCAAUUUCAGUGGACAGAACUGCUCAGUUGAGGACUUCUCUGUGGUUUACACCAGAUACGGGAAAUGCUACACUUUUAAUGGCAACAAGACGACAUCCAAGAAGACGAAGCAGGGCGGGAUGGGAAAUGGGCUGGAGAUCAUGUUGGAUAUCCAGCAGGAUGAGUAUCUGCCCAUCUGGAGAGAGACGAAUGAGACGUCCCUGGAGGCCGGCAUCCGAGUUCAGAUCCACAGUCAGGACGAGCCUCCCUACAUCCACCAGCUGGGCUUCGGCGUCUCGCCCGGCUUCCAGACCUUCGUUUCUUGUCAGGAGCAGAGGCUGACCUACCUGCCCCAGCCCUGGGGGAACUGCCGCUCCACCAGCAGGGAGAAGUUCCCGGGAUACGACACGUACAGCAUCAGCGCCUGUCGCCUGCUCUGCGAGACCAACGAGGUCAUGCGCGUGUGCAACUGCAGGAUGGUCCACAUGCCUGGAACUGCAGAUAUCUGCCCUCCCAGUAAAAUCAACUGUGUUGACAAAGCCCUCGCCCAGCUACAGAAGAACAGUGGGGAUAUCUGUCCAUGUGAGACGCCUUGUAAUCUCACCCGCUACGGUAAAGAGCUCUCCAUGGUCAAAAUCCCCAGCAAGGGCUCGGCUCGCUAUCUCUCCAGGAAAUAUGACAAGUCAGAGGACUACAUCAGAGACAAUUUUUUGGUGUUAGAUAUUUUCUUCGAAGCACUGAACUAUGAAACAAUUGAGCAAAAGAAAGCAUACGAUGUCGCAGGAUUACUAGGUGACAUUGGUGGACAAAUGGGUUUAUUCAUCGGCGCCAGCAUCCUGACAGUCUUAGAAAUACUGGAUUACAUUUAUGAGCUGAUCAAGCAUCGGCUACAGCGUCUGCUGAGACCGCAGAAAGAAGAGAAGAAGAAUACCCAGCCGACCACAACUGUUGCCACAGUGGGUCUAGAAGAAAUGAAAGCAAAGGAGCCCAAUGACACGACACGGAGUCACCCAGAGGGGGCGUACGCCAACACGAUCCUCCCUAACCACCACGUCCCUCACCCUCAUCCCCACCCUCAUCCUCACCCGCACCCUCUUUCUCACCCUCUUCCUGCGCCGCACCAACAUCGCCCGGGACACCACGGCGUAUUUGAGGACUUCGCUUGCUAAGGCCUGCUUUUGUUUCCA